CAGUGAUGCAGGGUGGCUGCUGGGAUGCAGGAUGGUUGCAGGGAUGCAGGGUGGUUGCAGAGAUGCUGCAGGGAUGCAAAACAGUUGCAGUGAUGCAGGGUGGUUGCAGGGUUGCAGGGUGGCUGCAGGGUUGGGGAUGAUUGCUGUGAUGCAAAACAGUUGCAGGGAUGCAGGAUGGCUGCAGGGAUGCAGGCUGGUUGCAACGAUGCAGGGGGCUGCAGAGAUGGGGUGAUUGCAGAAGUGGGGGUGGUUGCAACGGUGCAGGAUGGCUGCAGGGAUGCAGGGUGGUUGCAGAGAUGGGGGUGGCUGCAGGUUUGCAGGACGGUUGCAGGGAUGGGGUGGUUGCAGAGAUGCAGAACAGUUGCAGUGAUGCGGGGGGGUUGCAGGGAGGCUGCAGGGAUGCACAACAGUUGCAGUGAUGCAGGGUGGAUGCAGGGAUGCAGGGUGGCUGCAGGAUGGGGUGACUGCAGAGAUGGGGGUGGUUGCAGGGUGGCUGCAGGGUUGGGGAUGGUUUCAGGUUUGCAGAAGAGUUGCAAUGAUGCAGGAUGGCUGCAGGCAUGCAGGGUGGUUACAAGGAUGCAGGGUGGUUGCAGAGAUGGGGGUGGUUGCAGGUUUGCAGGGUGGCUGCAGGGUUGGGGGUGGUUGCAGACAUGCAGAACAGUUGCAGUGAUGCAGGAUGGCUGCAGGGAUGCAGGGCUGUUGCAGGGAUGCAGGGUGGUUGCAGAGAUGGGGGUGGCUGCAGGUUUCCAGGAUGGCUGCAGGGUUGGGGAUGAUUGCAGUGAUGCAAAACCGUUGCAUGGUUGGGGGUGGUUGCAGAGAUGGGGGAGGUUGCAGGUUUGCAGAAUGGUUGCAGGGAUGCAGGAUGGCUGCAAGGAUGCAGGGUGGUUGCAGAGAUGGGGGUGGCUGCAGGUUUGCAGGAUGGUUGCAGGGAUGGGGUGGUUGCAGAGAUGCAGGGUGGCUGCAGUGAUGCAGGGUGGCUGCAGGGAUGCAGGAUGGUUGCAGGGAUGCAGGGUGGCUGCAGGGAUGCAGGGUGGUUGCAGAGACGUUGCAGGGAUGCAAAACAGUUGCAGUGAUGCAGGGUGGCUGCAGGGAUGGGGUGAUUGCGGAGAUGGGGGUGGUUGCAGGUUUGCAGGGUGGCUGCAGGUUUGCAGAAUGGUUGCAGUGAUGCAGGGUGGCUGCAGGGUCACGGGGAUGGUUGCAGCAAUGCAGAACAGUUGCAGCAAUGCAGAACAGUUGCAGCAAUGCAGAACAGUUGCAGUGAUGCAGGGUGGUUGCAUUGCUGCAGGGUGGCUGCAGGGCUGGGGUGGUUGCAUUAAUGCAGGACAGUUGCAAUGAUGCAGACUGGUUGCAGUGAUGCAGAAUGGUUGCAGGGAUGCAGGAUGGCUGCAGGGAUGGGAUGGUUGUAGGGCUGCAGGAUGUUUAUAGGAUUGCAGGAUGGUUGUAGG